CCUAAGAUGGCUGCUGACCCAUCCGCUAACGCAUUCAAUGGAUGGAAAGAAGGAGCGAACCCGGAAGUUGCCCGGCUCGGCCAUGGCAGCCGCCGGGGGCGUGGCUUCCGGCGGCCCGCGUCUGCGAGUCGCGGCGGCCGGGUCUGGCGGGGCCAUCGCUGACAGGCGCUCCUCCCACGACGGCCAGGGUUGGUGCCCAGCGAGACGGGCGGCCCCCAGCUCUCCUCCCCGCGUCCCGGCCCGCGAGGCUCCAGGGCCGCGCUGGGGCAUGGACGAGGGGAAGAUGGACGAGAAUGAAUGGGGGUACCACGGCGAAGGCAACAAGAGCCUGGUGGUGGCCCACGCGCAGCGCUGUGUUGUGCUGCGUUUUCUGAAGUUUCCUCCAAAUAGGAAGAAGACCUCAGAAGAGAUAUUUCAGCACCUGCAGAACAUAGUGGAUUUUGGCAAAAAUGUCAUGAAAGAAUUUUUGGGGGAGAACUAUGUUCAUUGUGGGGAAGUUGUUCAGCUGCCUUUAGAGUUUGUGAAACAGCUUUGUUUAAAGAUACAGUCCGAAAGACCAGAGUCUCGCUGUGACAAGGACCUGGAUACUCUCAGUGGUUAUGCUAUGUGCCUUCCCAAUUUAACCAGACUUCAGACCUACCGCUUUGCAGAGCACUGGCCGAUUCUGUGUGUAGAGAUUAAGCCAAAAUGUGGGUUUAUUCCUUUCUCGAGUGACGUCACACAUGAGAUGAAGCAUAAGGUCUGUCGUUACUGCAUGCACCAGCACCUCAAGGUAGCAACUGGGAAGUGGAAGCAGAUAAGUAAAUACUGUCCCCUCGAUCUCUACUCAGGAAACAAACAGAGAAUGCACUUUGCCUUGAAGAGUUUGCUGCAGGAGGCACAGAACAACUUGAAGAUAUUUAAGAACGGUGAGCUGAUUUACGGCUGCAAGGACGCCCGGAGCCCCGUGGCUGACUGGAGUGAGCUCGCACACCACCUGAAGCCGUUCUUCUUCCCCUCCAAUGGCCUGGCCAGCGGGCCCCACUGCACAAGGGCAGUGAUCCGGGAGCUGGUGCACGUCAUCACGCGGGUACUGCUUAGCAGCUCGGACAAAGGCCGGGUGGGCGCCUUGAGGCUGCGGCCGGGGCCCCGGGGCCCACGUGUCUGUGAAGCCAGCCCUUUCAGCAGGAGCCUACACUGCCAAGGAAAAAACACCCCAGAGCGCUCCGGGUUACCGAAGGGCUGUCUUCUGUACAAAACCCUCCAGGUGCAGAUGUUGGACCUGCUGGACAUCGAAGGCCUCUACCCUCUGUACAACCGGGUUGAGCGGUACCUGGAAGAGUUUCCUGAGGAGAGAAAAACGUUGCAAAUAGAUGGGCCUUAUGAUGAAGCAUUUUACCAGAAGCUGCUUGAUCUUUCCACCGAGGAUGACGGGACAGUGGCCUUUGCGUUAACGAAGGUGCAGCAGUACAGAGUGGCCAUGACCGCCAAGGACUGCUCCAUCAUGAUCGCGCUCUCCCCUUGCCUGCAGGAUGCGAGUUCUGAUCAAAGGCCUGUCGUCCCUUCAUCGAGGUCCAGAUUUGCCUUCUCCGUGUCCGUGCUGGACCUCGACCUCAAGCCCUAUGAGAGCAUUCCUCAUCAGUACAAACUGGACAGCAAGAUAGUCAACUAUUAUUCAAAGACUGUACAUGCCAAAGACAACGCUGUGAUGUCGACUCGGUUCAAGGAAAGUGAAGAUUGCACAUUAGUUCUCCACAAGGUCUAACUUUUUCCUGCAGUGUCUUUGAAACUUGAACAUAGAAUGUGAAAGUUGAAUGAUAGAGCUAUUUUCUGUUGUGUUGGGUGACUCUUGGUUGUGAAUGUUUUUGCUUUUAACCCCUGUUGAGUUGGGAUGGCCUCUUGGAGACAUGAAUUGAAGAGCACUAGAAACAUCUUCUGGGACAAGGAAUGUAGGACGUGAGUGCUAUGUCCCAGGAAGCUGCUUGCGUUCUUAAAAUGGAAGUGUCCGUUAAGCCCUGGGAAGACAUUCUGGGGAGUUCUUCCUUCCCAACCAGGGUUCGUGUCUAAUUCUCUAAUAUGAAAAGCCUUAUUAUAAGACCCAAGGUUUGGAUCUGCCUCCACCAGACUCCUAACAUAGAAAACUUGAAUGUCACAUACAUUUUACAGUUUGGACUUCUAAGAAAACAUGGAUACUACUGGAACUUUCCCCAGCUGAGUUACUUGGUCGCUUUUCAAUGCAAGCCACACGUCAACACAGGUUUUUAGAUGGUUCCCUGCUGCAGAGCAUGAUCUCGUGCUUAGUGCGGAUGUUGGUUCUGAGCGGUCUAGACUCAGGGUCCCCAUGGAGGUGCCGAAACCCAUGGCUCUGCGAAGGGUCAGCAGGGAGCGUGAGACUCAGGUCAGGAUGGACACCACUCAUGCAAGCAUUGAUUUUUUUUUUUUUUUUUGCUUUACGAUUUUAUCUUUAACUAGGGGGAGAUAAGGCGUUCUUUCCCACUUGAAAUUGCUGCUGUAGGAGCUUGAAGUAGAGCUGUAACUUGCUGAGCUGCUGUGGCCGGGCUAGGUGUGCCCCUGACAGCUCAGUGCUUUCCUGGCACUCCGGUGUUUCGGGUGGCCGAGGAACGAGUUCUCCCUUCCUCCCAGACUGAACUCCUCCCUCCGGUUUGCCUUGAGACCUGUUGGGUUUGAGGGCCCCAUGGCCUUGCCUGUCCCCCUGUUGGGGCCAAAGGCCCUGCUUCCUGAAGAUGAACAACUCCUGGCUGGUGCUGAGAGGGUUCUUAUUGGGGUCACCAAAGUGUACCCGGCUGCUAUGAAAACUAUUGGGAAUUUUGGCUUCAGUUUUUUAUUCUAUGGUAGGUUGUACAGACUGAUUAUUUAUACCAUCGUUUUGAGGGACUAAUGAAGGCUUACUGUAACAUAUAAUAGCAAAACCAUGGAAUUGUAUAAAAAUACUACAUGAAAAAUAAGGAAAAUAUUUUGCUGAUUGUAAAUUUUUGUGGGAAAUUUUGUGCUAACUCAAGAAUUACACUUGUUUGAAUCAAG